GUGGGGUCUUGAAGCCACCAGAGCAGCAUGGGAAGGGCUCCUUUCAUUCCACAUAGCAAAAGCCACGGCAGAGCUUCCGUCCCAACCAGCACCCUGGGGGGCUGAUGGGGAGUGUUCCUUCCCAAGUUGGGCUCAGCCAGGCAACAUCCAGCAGCCCAAGAAGACCAGAGAAACAGCUGGACCUGUUUGACUGCUGUUGGCCAAGGAUUUGUUGUGCUGUGAGUAUGGGGGAAGUGAAGGAGGAAGACACGGAAGGCAACGUGAGAUCUGAUGUUUUAACUAAUAUGCCAUUGGAGGGGCGCGGGUGGUGCUGUGGUCUAAACCACUGAGCCUCUAGGGCUUGCUGAUCAGAAGAUUGUUUCGAAUCCCCACAACGGAGCAAUGCUCCUGUUGCUCUGUCCCAGUUCCUGCCAACCUAGCAGUUUGAAAGCACGCCAGUGCAAGUAGAUAAAUAGGUACCACUGUGACAGGAAGGUAGACGACGUUUCUGUGUGCUCUGGUUUCCGUCAUGGUGUUCUGUUGCACCAGAAGCGGUUUAGUCAUGCUGGCCACUUGACCUGGAAAGCUGUCUGUGGACAAACGCCAGCUCCUUCGGCCUGAAAGUGAGAUGAGCGCUGCAACUCCAUGCUCGCCUUUGACUGGACUUAACCAUCCAGGGGUCCUUUACCUUUUUACCUUUACCAUUGGAUGGACAUCUUCUGAAGAUUCACUGCCACAAGCCACAGGGCAUGGGUGGUUUUUCUCAUAGGAACUCAAGAAGCUGCCUUAUGCUGACCACUGGUCUAUCUAGCUCAGCCUUUCUCAACCUGUGGGUCCCCAGAUGUUGUUGAACUACAACUCCCAUCACCCCUAGCUAGCAAGGCCAGGGAUCAGGGAUGAUGGGAGUUGUAGUCCAACAACAAAUGGGGACCCACAGGUUGAGAACUGCUGAUGUCAUUGCUCUUCAACCUUGAGUCCCCAGAUAUUGCUGGACUGCAACUCUGAUCCCCAGAAAGCUUAGCCAACAGUCGGUGAAGAUAGGAGUUGUAUUCCAACAACAUAUGGAGAUCCAAGUUUGAAGAUGGCUGAUCUAGCACACUUCUGGCCACGUUGACUGGCAGGGUCUCUUCUGAGUUUUGGACAAAUGUCUCUCCCAGCAAUGCUUGGAGAUGUUGGGCAUUGAACCUGGGACCUUUGAUAUGCAAGGCAGAUGCUCUACCACUGAGCUAUGGCCCUAACAGUAGCUUUCUACAUGGAUAUUACCUUAUUAUGCUCAGUCAAUGUAAGAUUAAAGUUUGCUUGUUGGUGCAGCCAAUCUCAUUCAAGGAAUUAUUUCUACUCCCCAACCAAUAUCGAUUCAGAGUUAAUGCCUAUCAUGGCGCCAUCAGGCAAGGGAUGUUCAGAGUCAGGAAUUACCGAAUUUUUCCACGUAUAAGACAAUGCUUUUUGCUAAAAAAUAUGAGGCAAAAACUGAGUGUCAUCUUAUACACGGAUAGUGAAGGCAGAGGGGGACGUGCGAUUAGUGGCAGCAGCAAGCAGGAGAUUGGCAGCUGCGACUGGGUGGGUGAUUGGCGGCUGUGGCGAGGCAGGCAGACGAUUGGCAGCUGCGGCAAGUGGGCGGGUGGGCUGUUGGUGGCGGCGAGCGGGCAGACAGUUGGCGGCUGCAGCGAAGUGCGUGAUUGGCAGAGGCUGUGGCAAGGGGUCAGCAGUGGCGGGCAGGCUGGUGAGCGAUUGGUGGAAGUGACCUCCCCCACUCCCCCAAAAAGCUAAACAAUUUCUUAAUUUUGGGUUUUAAAAAUAGGGGUCAUCUUAUACAUGGGGGCGUCUUAUACACAGAAAAACACAGUAACUCUUUAUUAUCAAAAGUACUUACUUUUGAUAGGGGUGCUAACACCAGGAGGGGCUUGGGGGCACCCAUACAAAAAAUUCUGUGGGUGCCCGGCCUCUUGCCACCAACACCCCACUGCAUGCUGGCUGCCACCACCGCCGGAUUGGAUUAGCCAUUAAGCAAGUUAAGCACAUGCUUAGGGCGUCACGGGAAGUGGGGCACCACAGAAAUUUUCCAUUGCUGGAUUUUUAACAUCAAUAGUCACAAAUUGCUCAGUGGAACCGGGCAACUGCAUUGCAGGGAGUUAGACGAGAUGACCCUGGGGGCAUAGCUGUCAACGUUUCCCUUUUUUAAAGGGAAAUUCCCUUAUUCCGAAUAGAAUUCCUCGCAAGAAAAGGGAAAAGUUGACAGCUAUGCCGGGGGGGAAUCUCCCAGUGCUAGGGGUCUAUUGUUCUGUGAUGAUUCUGUGCUGCCCCCUGCUGGUGGAAGGGCACCUUUGCUUCUGCUGCUGAGGAUCUUCUGGAUCACAUGGGAUUGUGCCAUUUCUGAAGACUGGGAAGGGGACAGAUUUCCCAUUGCCAUUUCACACUGGCAGCUGCCACAUCCAUAGAAGGGGGUAGACAGGCCUCCACCCCAGCCUGUCUUGCCAUUUUAGGCCAAAGGCCCCUGUUCCAUUGCACUUUAUUUAUUUAUUUUGAUGUUGUUGUUGUUUGUUGUUUGUUGUUGUUUGCCUCCGAAGCCGCUCCAACUCCAUGUUGUGUGCUGUGCUGGCUGUGGGGCGGGGCAGGGCGAAGCAAAUUGCUCAGUGGAGCUAUUUGUUUUCUCAUUUGAAAUAUACAGUGGAACCUCGGUUUUCGAUCAUCUCAGAAGUCGAACGUUUCGGCUUUCGAACGCCGGAAACCUGGAAAUAACUGCUUCGGUUUUUUAACAUUUCGGAAGUUGAACGGUCUUCCGGGACGGAUUACAUUUGAAAACCAAGGUUCCACUGCAUUAAAACAGAAGAACUAUGCAACGAGGCAGGCUGAAUUCUUUAUCUUUACUAAAUAUAGAAGCAGAUGUGUUAUGCAAGUUUUGUUUUGAAGAUACGAUAUGAUACGAUAAUCUUUAUUGUCAUUGUCCCAUACAGAACAACGAAAUUGAAAAUCUACAUCAGACAUUCAGAAACCAACAAGCCUGCUAUCCCAGCCUGGUUAGCCCCCUAAAAACUCUGAUACCCCAUAAUUAAACACAAUAUACUCCCAUAGAGACUUCCUUACACUGCGUUUAAAACCAAAAUCACAUUUGAAUAGAAACUGUUUCUCAGGCAGCUAGUUCUAGUCUUUAUAACCCUGUACCCUGAAGAUCUGAUCAAAGGCUUUGCAAUUAGAAAACGCAGGGUGGGAAAUUAAAUAUGAAUAAAGUAGUAUACAAAAAAACCCCACCACAUUAUUUUCCAUUCUACCAUAGUUUUCAUUUCAUUUCGAUUUUUUUUUAUGGUUUCUUAUUGUUUAUGUUUUGAAUUAGAUAUAUACGGGGGCACCAAAAUCCUUCAAGUAUUUAGGGCCUCUAAAGGUCUUAAUCUGCCCCGGUAGCCCUGCCACAGAUGGUAAGAAACGAAAGUUUAACCCAGUUGCGUAACCAACUCUAUGUUACAGGGGCAAGUCAGAGGCUGGAAGGAGAAUUUCCGCUAUCGGAACCUGCGACUUUCCAGUGCCACGCUCCGUAGGCUGGAGACGGCUCUUUUGGAGCUGACGUCUCAGGAUUUCAAGAAUUCCUACGAAUGGGAGAAGUUCCAGCUCUGGCUCCAGGAGGUCAUGUACGCAGAGUGGUGGCUGGAUCAAGCAGCCCGUGAGAUCAAGCGCCGAUGGAAAAACCUGACAAUGUUCUGAAGGGCUGUGGGGGGGGGGGAUUUUGAAGGGGUAAAUUGUGCGUUUUGCUGGACAAUAAAGAUCUGAGAGC